AUGUUGGUGGGACAUGUGCGGUGGGCAACCCAUUAUGCGUGCAGGCCACGCAUAGCGGCGGCCUUGAUCGCCAUUGUCCUCUGUCUGUCAUUCAACGCAACGAUUCGAGACCUCGCCGAUGAUGUGCUCUUCUACGACGGCCGCGUCCCAAUCGGGAUCGAUAUUGACAACGUGACGGCCACAGCAAAGCACUUUGCGAAGACGACUGUCCAGCCGCCCUACAAGGACCAGUUCUGGCUCGUCGGACAACGGUCCCGAAUGCUCGCCCACUGGCUGCAUGUCGCGGACCAGGCCGGCCCGUCACGCACGAGGCGACACCUCCUUUUGGCGUCGGAACGGGCAGCCGCGGCCCUCUUUCCGUUCCUCAAGUCGUCGCCCUCGCGCCCGCGCAGCUCGACGCCUUUGGCCGACCUCCGCUCCCGGUUCAGGGGCGGCGGGCGAGGCAUUGUCAUACCCGUCGGAUACGGCAACUUGCGGUACGCAGGCCACCUCGUCGUGGCCCUGCGCGAGGUGCUCGAGUGCCAGCUGCCCAUCGAAAUCGCCUACGCGGGCGACAUCGACCUCGAUGAGGAGCGACGUAAUGCCCUCGCGGCGCUGGACGCAACGGGCAACAUCAAGUUCCUCAAUGUGCUGUCCGUGUUCGCCGACGACACGCUGAGCCUGCUGGCCGGCGGCUGGGCCAUCAAGCCGUUUGGGCUGCUCGCGUCCCGGUUCGAGCAGGCGAUUCUCGUGGACGCAGAUGCCGUGUUCCUGCAGCCGCCGCAGGUCCUCUUCGAGCAGCGGCCCUUUGCGACGACGGGAGCCUACCUCUUUCACGACCGACUGUUGUGGCAGCAUGCGUUUGCGGAGCGGCACGAGUGGUGGCGCGAGCAGAUCCGGGAGCCGUCGGCGGCGCUUAACCAGUCGCUCGUGUGGACGGACGAUUACGCCGAAGAGUGCGACUCGGGAGUCGUGGUCGCGGACAAGGCGCGGACUGAAGUGCUCGGGGGGCUGCUGCACGCGGCGUGGCAGAAUACGCGCGACGUGCGCGACGAGGUGUCGUACAAGCUGACGUACGGCGACAAGGAGACGUGGUGGCUGGGGCUCGAGCUGGCCGGGUCGACGUACGAGUUUGAGAAACAUUACGGAUCGAUGAUAGGGUGGCGGCCCAAGACAAAGCCCCCGACGAACGAGACCGUCCAAAGCGUCAAAGGAAAGGACGAAGACGGAGAUGAAGCACGGGUGUGCAGCUUCGUCAUCGCGCACGCAGACGACGAGGACCGCCUUCUAUGGUAUAACGGCAGCCUGCUCAAGAAUAAGCUCGCCGACCCGGAAGCGUACGACGUGCCGACGGACUGGAUGCUGGACGGCAGGUGGGAAAAGGGCGCCACCAAGCAGAACAUGAGUUGCAUGGCGGGCGCGCAGGCGACGCCGCUCGACGACGGGCAGCUCGCGAUCCUGCGACGAAGCAUCGAUGGGGCACGGAGGGCGGACGACGCGCUGCGACAGAAGGGAGUGAUACCCAAGGCAGGCUAG